ACAUUGUCCCGACUUUUUCUGUGACCAGCAAUGGCGGUGCUGGCGUGGAAAGUGCCAAAAGAAAAAAAAGAAACAAGAAAAAGAAAUUUGCUGCCUACGUUGCAUUUUUGGUGUCAGGCAGCAAUAGAAUUAAAUGUUUUAGGUUCUAAAUGUGAAUUAAUUAAUAUUUGUUGAGGUUCAUUUGAUAAAAUUAUGCAAUGAUGGACUUCCACUUAUUGGUUGUAAUUACCUGCAUCUUUCUCGCCUCUCUCUGCUCGCUUCUCUUCAUUAAUAGCAUUUUCCGUCGUAAAACAUUUGAAGAUAUCGUUGCCGAAAAGAAGGCGUUCACUGACAAAAUCUACGCCCAGAGCAAAGUGGCUGCAAAGAAACCAAAAAAACAACAAACAACAAAAAAGGAUCUGAAACGUGAGAAAAAAAAAUUACAACGUGAACAGCAAAAAGACAAUACCGAGCAGGAGGAUUCCGAUGCUCAAUCCGAACCAACAUCUGUGGAUGAUGAGCCGCAGGGUUUGUCUAAAUCUCAUGUUGAAUUCGAUCCAGAUCCAGAAGUGAUUGUUGGUGCCACUCCAGAAGCCGUGCGACGCGCCAGCAUUGUUGAGCGUGAAAAAGAAAAUUCAAAACAGAAAUCAAAGAAGGAGAAGAAGAGCAAGACUUCGGGAAUUUUGGUGAAUAAGAAUGAACCAGUUGUGGUGCGUGAGAAUUUGGUUAUUGAAGAACAAGCAAAUUCUUUCGAAACGAAGCAACCUAAGGAUACAGUUGAGUUAAAGAAACACGAUAAGAAGGAUAAUAACAAAAAAGAAAAGAAUGGUAAAAAGGAUAAAAAUGUAUCAGUCGAAAAGACAAUUUUGCCCGUUAGUGAACAGCAGCAACCGCCAGUAGCCGAACCUGUUGUACAACCACAAGUUGCAAAGGAGCUUAAACAGCAGGAUGAGAAAGUACGUCAAGGCUCACCAAAGGCACAUGCUGCUAAUAAUACCAGUGGAAACAAUAAAACAAAACAGCAAAAUAAGAAACAGAACAAAGAGACUGCUGCCACCAAAGAGCUUGUACUUGCACUCGAUAAACUUUCUGAUUCAGAUACUAUUGGCGUUUCAUUACUCAUGAAUCUCUUCCGUCGUGCCGAGCUUAAUCGUUCCGAGAUACAAAUACUUAUCGAUUAUUUGUUGAAUAAGCAACAAGAUACGCCUGCAACUCAUUCGGAAUGGUCUGAUGAUAUAUGCCAGAAAUUAAAACGCCAAUUAGAGGAGAAGGAGAAAGCUUUAUCUGAAGAACAAGAAGCAUCCAUAGGUAUUCAAGCAAAAUUGCGCGAUUUACGUACAGAAAUUAAUGCAGAACGUGCCCAAUUGAAUGCUACUGUCAAAAAUUACGUUGAAGCGAUUAAUUCCAAAGAUCAACAGAUUGCUUUACUCACUCAGGACAUGCAAGCACUCAACGACAAGUUCGCACAGGAGCGUAAACAAUUCCAAGCCAAACUUUUAAUUGAAAAACAAAACGGUUCCCAAGAUUUGUUUGCACAAUUGCAACGGUUACAAAGCGAAUCGAUGCACAAGGAUAAGUGCAUUAACGAUCUUACCUGUUUGGUUAACGCCUGUAAUCAGGCGAACGAAGAGCUAAAACAACAAAUAAGUCUCCUCGAACAGCAGCGUGAAGAGCUCGAACAAAUUUCGAAUAACCGAAUUGUAGAACUCGAAAAAUCGAAAACUCUUGAAAUCGAAAACGCUGAACGACAGUUGGAAGUACAUAACUUACAAAAUGCACACGAAUCAAUCAAAGCUGAUUUGAUGCAGGUCCGGCAAGAUCUUGAGGCACGAAACACAGCUUUGGCGGAGAAACAGAAUCAGCUUGAAGCCUUGCAAGCUAAAAAUAACGAGUUGCUACAACAAUUGGCCGGCAUAAACAAUCAUGCAGCGGAACAAUCUAAGGAACAAUCUGGUUUACAGGCAACAUACGAUGUACUCAAGUUACAAUUGGCUGAGAAAGAGCAACAAUUGGCCGAAUUUAAUACUAAGCAUGCCUCAUUAUUAACACAAUUGAGCGGUUUAGAAGCGCAAACACAACUUAAUGCACAAACACAUAAUGAUUUGCAGAAGUUGGUGCAGUCACUCCAGCAGGACAUCGGUAGUAAGCACCAGCAACUGCAACAAGUCGAGCAGACUGUGGACAAACUGAACCUACGCGAAAAGGAGUUACUACAACAGCUCCAGGAACAAAAAGAAAAGAACGAUGAUUUGCGUAAGAAAAACUGGAAGUUGGUUGAAGCUUUACAAAGUUGUGAAACAACAGCUAGACAAAGUAAAGCGUCUAAGAGCGAAAAUGCAAGCUUAGUUCAACAACAGCAGCUUUUCGCAGCUUCGCAAAAACAAUCUUCCGCCACAGCCAAUUCCCCAACCGUUUCCGCUAAUGACGAGAAACAUGUCCGUGAAAUAUUCCAGCGUCUCUAUCCAGAAGCAGUUAAAGCUUGUGCCAGCACCGCGCUUAGUGUAUCCUUUGAGCAGUGGGUGGAACAGGUUUUGGCCUCACAAUUAAAAUUAGCUGCAGUCAAUAAAGCGGCUAGCAGCAGUAGUAACAAAUCAACACAAUCUAAUACCAACAGCAGCAACAGUAAUCACACCUCUUCAAGCCACACAAACAACAACUCACAUAAUGAUAACUUAAUCAAUAGCAAUAAUCGUAUUAGUAGCAACAGUAGUGGUGAUGGUGGAAGCAGUGGUAAUGGCAACGAUGUGGAUGCAGUUGAACUGCGUCUGCAAAAUACUCAACUGCGCGCCAAGGUGGAUGAGUUAACUAAGCUCGUUAAGAAGACUAGCAACACAUUGUCAGCUCUUGAAGGGCAUGCACUGCAAGAGCACGAGAAAUGGCAAAGCAUUUUAUUAGCAAAGGAUGAGGAAAUUUCUAGAUUGCAGCACUCAAAUGGAGCGCAGGACAUUUAAUGUCGCAUCAUUGGAGUUUGUUUAGCGUUAGAAAAAUGCAAUUAAGAUGUAAUGCCUUCCAAAUACAACAAUGAGUAAACAAUAUAUGAUACAACAGCCAACUACUUACAUAGAAAAGCGGACAGUAACCAUAGAAGUGGAUUAUAAUGAAUGGCAUAACACAAUAUGCCAAAUGCAAGCACAUUUCUUACAUAAGCUUACAAAAGUGAAACUGUUAGAGAAUACUUGCAUAUUACCAGCAAACAGGAAUGUUCGUACGUAAGCAUUAAUUUGCACAAUAAGCGUUAAAAAGCGAUGAAAAAGUAGCUAAUAACAAACAGCAGCAACAUGAAUCAUUCUAAAAUUAUGUUACAGUACAGUAGGAGAUAAAAAGUAAAAGAUAUUAAAAACAUAAAGUUAAAUUAAAAAACAAAAACAAACCAAUUAUGCGUGAAUAAAUGUAAAACAAAAAAUAGCAAAAAAAUAUAGAGUUUAGUAUAAGCCUAAAACUGUGCAAUGUUUGAUGAUUGAAAGCGGAAGCAACAAAAGUAGAAUAUAUAAAGAUUAAAACAAAUUAAAACAGCCAAUUACACUGGAUUGCUAAUAUAAAAUGGGUAAAGCUAGUAAUUAUGAAAUGCAAGCAUUAUAUAAAAAAUAGCAAGCUAGAAAAGCCGAUUAUAGGAUGGAUAUAGGAAAGAAAAACAAAAAUCUAUGUAAUGCGCUGCAUAGCUGAAUAGCAUUAUGCUGUUUGUGUUCCACAAAAAGUCUUUGCAUUUAUACAUACAAAUACAUGAACAUACAUAAACACAUACACAUAAGCAAAUAAUGUUAAUUUAUACGUCACAAAAGAUCGUGAAUAAAGAUAUAAUGAACUGUAAACAUUACAAUAGUACAUGAAAAUGGUUUAUUACAAGCAAUCGUGCAAAUUUCAUUGGAAUUCGAAAAAUGCAUUCUAAAUUUUCACACAUUUGAGUUUAUAAGCAACAACAAUACUACACAAUGUCGAAAUUGCUUAACGACACAACUGCUUAAGUAAAACACAGUAAUAAUAACUUUCAUCUACAGCGCUGGUAUUGCUUCAAAAACAUUAGCAAAUAGUUUAAAUGAGUUAAAGUUACCAACACAUUUAUAAUGCUCAUGUGGCAAUAACGUGUAUGUGAAAAAAUCAUAAUUUUUGUUAAAUAAAACGAUUUUUCUCUUGUGUAUCCGUAGUUACAGUUUUAAUGCUGUACAAUUUAGUAAAAAUGUAUAAAUAUGAGAAUGAGUUAAUAAACAUAUUUACAUUACGAAUAAUUUUUUAUAACAGCUUCUAUUCCAUGUUUGUCACUAUUAAUUUGAAACAUCAAAAGCCAACAUGAUUUUAGCGCCAAACAAUUUAAUUGUAUCAUAAUUCAAAUGGAUAUUGAAGUAUCGAAUACAACGCAAUGCAUAAGAAAAUAAUAUAAUCUCUCUCUUGUUUUGGAAAUGUCGGUUCGAGAAAACAAUGCGCAGAUCGAGAAAAAAAAGCUGAUGUUGGCUUCAGCUUCAACAUAGUUUCUGUCCAAGUAAACUAACUAAAGUAAUUAACCACAAUAAAGUAACGUUCUUCAUUGUUGUAGCUAAUAUAAAGAUGUAAAGAGACGAGUUUUCUAUUAAUAUUACAAUAUCUUUGAUUUCGAAUGUUUUCCUAAAAUACAAGUUACUUUAGUUAAAAUGAUACAAACACAUUUUAAAUUAUAUGAUUUAAAUACAUUUGUUUUUAUUAUUCUAUAUUUAUUACAUUUUUUACAAUUGCAUUCCUUGAGUGCUUUUCCAUUCUUUUUUCUUUUUGCGCCAAUAACAACUACAAUAAGCAAUUCUUCUGGAUACAUUAAGGAUAAGAAUAUGUGUUGUUUAGAUAAUUCUUACAUAUAUAUACAAAAUCGUUUAAUUUGCAUGCAAAGUAAACUGAUAUUAAAAAUUUUGGAGUACUUUAUAUUUCUAUUCGAAGUUUUAACAAUGGCAAUGCAUACUUGAUAUAAUUAUAAAGCAAAUAUUUUAAAUGUUUACUUUAUUCGAACUGACUAUUUUAUCUUGCCGAACUAAUGAAAUUAUUUACAUUGUUGAGUAAAUACGAACACACUAGACAACAAGAAACUAGUUUUGCAAAGAUAUUACAGACUUCAACGACUGACCGAUAAAUGAACAAAUGAACAAGAAACGCGCAUAAUAAGGCUUAUGCAAGCGUAUCCUUAGCAACAGCAACAUUUACUUAAGCAUACAUAAAUGAAAUGAAUCUAUUUUUAUAUAAAAUACUUAAAGAAAGCAGAUACAUUUAAGCUGAGCAUACGAGUAUUACAAAUAAAAAACUAUAGAAACUGUAUGUGGGAUACUUUCUCUAAUCUAAGCAGUAAUAAUAUGAACAAAAAUCAUUACGAAUCAAUACGAAGUGUAAAUGGAAAUUAAAUGAAAUCGUAGUACGAAAAGCUUGUUUCUGUAGUCACAAAUUGAAAGGACUAAAGCUGACUUGAGCUUCAAAUGAGUAACUGCUAAAAAUGAACUAUCCUUUUCCGCUGUUAUUUCAUUAAUUGAUAUUUCAAGCUUCAUAAUUCGAAUGAUUGAAGUCAUAAAAUUUUAAUUUAUAUUUAUGCCAAGCAUUUUACUUUAUUCUGAUUUUCUGUUAAAUGUUUUGAAAAAAUACUAUUUUCAUAUUCCCAUGUAAUAUUUUAAAAAAGGUAUAUUAAUUUUACAGACAUACCUGUUUCAAGCAGCUUCAGCAUUCCGUUUUUAUUUAUUCAUAAUGAAACACAAAAGGGACAAAGUAAAGAUAACAAACUGCUGCUUACAAACAAUAAUUUUGCUUGUCUCGAUUUAAAAGCAUAAUCAACUAUACACAUUACAUAACUAUUUGAUUAAAAUCCCAUUUAUUUUUAUUACAACACAAUUGGCAAUUAUAACAAAAGUAAUACAUAUGAAAUGCAAAAAAAGCGUUCGCCACUACAAAAAAAAAAAAAAUAAUAAUAAUAAUAAAAACUAAAAAAAUAUCGAUAUUAAAUAAAGGAGAAAUAUGUAUGCAAACACAAUGUAGGUAAACAGAGAAUCUUAAAACUGAAAAUAAAUCAGCCGAUAUAAUUUCGAUUAGAAGAGUGAAGCGGUUUAAGUAUUAUAUUGCUGCUUCCUUUGAAUGGGUUUAGUGAAAUAAAUAAAUGGGAAAUGCAAGUUAUUUAGGCAGUAUUACCAGCGUUAACAAGUAACCAUGUUUUUACACGCGAUUGGAUGGAUCAGUGUUGGAUUAUAUUUAAACAUAUAGUAAUGGUUAAAUUGUACUUGAUGGCAGAUCAAGUAAUAAGAAAAUUGUAGGAGUACAGUUUGAGGAAUUUAUGGCAGAAUGAUAUAUUAUGAUAAACAAAAAUAAACAUAUUUAAAUUAUAACGAA